AUGGAGGGCUACGUCUUCGCGGAGAACGUCUGGGACGCCGUGAUCUGCUUCGGGCAUCAAUCUAUCGGCUGGGGAUCCUCCAUGGUGCUGCUCUUUCUGCUGGGCCUCACCAUCUUCAUCCAGCUGGUCUUUUGCUAUAUGGUCUUCACCAGUUUCACCGAGAACCCCUUUGAAGAGAGCUCGGUGACCGCCCUGCGCUUUUGGCGCAUCGACAUUGCGCAUCAGGUGAGCCAAGUCUCGAAGAACACCUUGGUGUCCCUGGCGGCGCGGACCUGUGAGUUCGACAAGUCCCUGGCCACCUCCUUCAGCGAGAAGGAGAUCGCUGAGAAUGUCUUUGAGUAUGGCUUCUCAGCCAUGAGCACGGGCUUCAUCAUGUGCUGCUUGGCGCUGGUGGCCUGGUUCUCCACCAUCAUCGCGGAGUUCGGGAAGUUGUUCUCCUUCACUUUGGGCCUGAUGGAGAUCCCUCGUGGGCACACGCUCUUCCACCUGGAGGAUGAUGAUCAGAUCGUCUUAGUGCGACUCUCCAGGAAGCGGAAGACCUUCAUCCUGACGACGGUGCUGAUCCGAGCGGGGCUUCAGGGCAUCUUGCUCUGGUACGGUACGGUGUACUUGGUCUACACCGAAACGGUGCAGGAUCUUUUGCUCAACGCAGUGGCCCUGAAGUUCGUGCUGGAGGUGGCCGAGCUCAUGUUCGACGCCUUUGCCCCCCGCCGCAGCCGGUCCUUCCUCGAGAACCUCAGGCCUUUGAACUUGGAGCUGAUGGGCAAGAGCCACACCGACUGCCUCAUGCCAGUGUUCUAUUUGCUGGUGCUCGUGGGGCUGAUGGCGCUGUCCCUGCACUUCCUUUUGAUGCCGGCCCUGGAGGCGCGGCAGAGUACCUGGGAAGGCCUUUGCGGGGGGAACCGCGACUUCGCGGUGGCCACGGAUGGCUUGGGGCGACUGCACUGGAGCAACACCGACGGCUUUGAUGAGGAAGGCUCAGCCAGCAACGCCAACUACCUGCACAGGGCCACUGAGUCCCUCAUAUCCGACAAGAAUGGAAAUCCCUAUGCGCCCAUGAGUCUCUACGAGCCAGCAUUCGACAAGCUCCUGCACAUUGUCAGCGAGGAGACGGUCAUAGAAGCCGGCAGCAAGCGGAAUUGCAACGACGCGGACGACGACACGGGCACGGACUACUGGUCCAACAUGGGCAAGGGCAUUUUGCAGAUGGCCACCGGCAACCUCUCCAUCUCCAGCUGCAAAGAUGUGGUGUCCUACUGCCAGACAGUGGGAGUCCAGGGCUUGCGGAGCCGGCAGUGGUGCCCCGUGUCCUGCGGCUGCGGGACCGUGUUCAGCGCCCUCUUGCUCGACAAGGUGCAGAACGGGUGCCCGUCCGCGUGUACGCAGAAGAGCCACGACAGCACCAUCGAAUGCGAGGACAGUCCUUUGAACCUCACCCAGGUCUACGCACAAGGGGCGCAGGUUCUGUUCGCACAGCGAGGCUACCAGUCUGAUGAGCUUGUGGCGCUGGCCAAGCUGAUGGAGACCCAGGGCUGCGAGGCUGUGGCCCGGGGCGACGUGCCCGGCAAGGACUUAUGCGUGGGCGCCAGCGACCUGAUGACCACGGUCUACUUCCGCCCCGUGAAGUUUGUUUGCCCCGUCGCCUGCGGCUGCGAUGGCAGCGGAUUGCCGGGCCAGAAGCGAGACCUCACCUCUGUCAGUUCCAUCGAGAGCGGUGUGAAGCUCACAGGCAACAUUUGCCAAGGCCAAGCUUAUUGGAACGACACCAAGCUGGCGCCCCACGGGAACACCGGAAAUGGAGCACCAGUCUUCAAGUCCACCAUCGGCCAGAUGUAUUUGUACCACGGGCCGCAAUGCGAACCUGGUGGAACCGGCACUCGCUGGGUUCUGAGCCCGAGUCUCUGCAACCGGGGCUACUUCAUGGCCUACACGGUGUCGAAGGACCCCACGCGGCCCCCUGGCCUGGCGGAGUGGCAUAUGGACUGCCGCUCCGACGGCUGGAAGCAGAGCUGUCGCUCUCUUCGAUCGUCCAGGAGGCGAUUAAGGGCAGUGUCUUCGACCGCGUGA